GGUUGUCAUACAGCUCUCUCUUUCUCACAAACUCACACACACACACAAACCAUACGGUAACAUCUGACUGCAGCAUCUCAGGAUCUACACUAUCCCCCCAUUUACACUAAUACUAACAGGAACAGUUCUGCUUCUCCUCACGAUGGCAUGGUGGAGCUUCUCAGCUGAGACAUGGGCUCUGUUCAUCAUCCUCAUUAGCCUCAUCCUGCUGUACGGAACCUGGCCAUAUGGGGUCUUUAAGCGUUUGGGAGUUCCUGGUCCUAAACCGUUACCAUUUUUGGGAACCAUGUUACAGUACCGUAAGGGAAUCCAUAAUUUUGAUAUGGAGUGUUUUCAGAAGUACGGAAAGAUCUGGGGGAUAUAUGAUGCCAGAGAGGCGGUUUUAUGUGUGCUGGACACCGACAUCAUCAAAACCGUCCUGAUUAAAGAGUGUUACUCUCUCUUCACCAACCGCCGAAAAUUCCCUCUGAGUGGUCCUCUGUACGACGCAGUGACCACCGCUGAGGACGAGGACUGGAGGAGGAUCAGGGGUGUUCUCUCUCCAUCAUUCACCAGCGGCAGACUGAAGGAGAUGUUUGGAAUCAUGAAGUCACAUUCUCACACACUGGUUGAAAACCUGAAGAAGACGUCAGAGCGAGGAGAAUCAGCAGAUAUUAAAGAGUUUUUUGGACCGUACAGUCUGGAUGUGGUGACCAACACUGCGUUUGGUGUCAAUAUUGAAUCUCUGAACAACCCCAACCAUCCAUUUGUUGACAACAUCAAGAAACUGCUGGAUUUAAAUGUAUUCAACCCUCUGUUUCUUGCCACUGCUCUGUUUCCCUUCGUCACACCCCUGCUGGAGCAAAUGAAUAUUUCUAUUUUCCCGACUGCAGUGACAAAUUUCUUUUAUACUUCCCUGCAAAAGGUCAAGUCUGAACGUCUGGCUCAGGCUCAUAAGAGACGAGUGGACUUCCUGCAGCUGAUGAUUGAUUCUCAGAAAGACAGCAACAAUCUGAACAGCAAAGAGAGGAAUAAAGUAAUGACUGAAGGUCUAAAUGAUCAUGAGAUCCUGUCCCAGUCCUUGGUGUUCAUCUUUGCUGGUUAUGAGACAAGCAACAAGACGCUGUCGUUCCUCUUCUACAAUCUGGCCAGUAAUCCAGAGACCAUGAAGAAACUGCAGGAGGAAAUAGAUGAAACUUUCCCUAAUGAGGCUGCAGUUGAUUAUGACAUGAUGAUGAACAUGGAUUAUCUGGAUGCUGCUCUGAACGAGUCCCUCAGAUUGUACCCAGUUAUUUUUCGUCUGCAAAGAGUCUGCAAGAAAACGGUUCGAAUCAACAGUCUUACUAUCCCAAAAAACACUGUCAUCGUGAUCCCCACUUACACGCUACACAGAGACCCUGAAUACUGGACCGAUCCAGACACCUUCAACCCUGAGAGGUUCACUCAGGAGAAUAAGGAGAACAUCGAGCAGUAUGCCUACAUGCCGUUUGGUUUAGGACCCAGAAACUGCAUUGGGAUGAGGUUUGCCCUUGUGAUCAUUAAGCUGGCUGUUGUUGAGAUUCUGCAGAGAUUCAACAUCAGUCUUUCUGAGGAAACGAAGGUUCCUCUGGAGCUGAUCAACACUGGAGUUCUGGCUCCUAAACACCCCAUAAAACUCAAAUUCACACCUCGGAACACACCAGACUCAGCCACAUGAACUCCUAGACUCUCAUAGCGUCUGCUUAAACAAUGUUCAGCCCUUUUUACUGCGUUUUAAUGCUUUUAUUGUGGACUAAAGCACAGUUUUUUCUCAUUGACACAUUUUUAUAAAAGGAUUUUAAUAUUGUUUAAUUUAAAUGAAGCUUUUUAUUGUGGAAAAGCAGUAAAAGAGCCCAACGUUUAACUGUUUAAGAUUAAUUACUGUCAUUAGCCUUGAUUAUACCAGUUAUUAUUUUGUUGAGAGAGAUGUCUAUAGAGAGAUAAAAAUAGCAGUUCUCAGAACCUAAUCUGGUUGUGGUUAGAAAGAUCUAACCAGACUCUCUGAUAAGACCAGAUCCUAUAACUGUGGUAAAGUAUAUGUUUUUAAACGUACAAAUAUUAAUAUACAUGUUCAGAAUGAAUGAUCACAACUUAUCCAUCAGUGGAUCUUCAGUGGAUCCCCACAUGGAGGUUGUUGGUGAUGUCAUUGUUCUUUUGGUUCUAUUUUUCUUGUUUUUCUCGUUUUUCUCAUAAUACAUUCUAAACUGUAUUGUCUCUGCCUGAAGCUCUUUACAAUAUCUUGCUUGUCUCUGAUAGACAUCUGUCUGAUCUUCACACUGAAACACCAGUCAGUCUCAAGCAGCUGAACAUCUAAACGUUUAUAUCAGGAAAUAAAAUCUGAAAGCUUUAA